CCGGAGGCAAAGACUCUGAAGGGUGCACUAUGUCGAGCUAUUCAGGCGAGACGCGAGCAUGACCGACAGACACGAGAAGAUCGUGUGGAGCCUGUUCUGCACUCGAACUUCCUCAUUGCUCCGCGGAAGGCUCCGCCAUACAAGUGCUCCCCACAGGGAGUGAUCAAUGAGAUUGCUGAGGGACCACUCAGGCGGGCCAGACUUGCUCGACACCAAGAACUUCGGAAAGGUUUCAUCUCGAUCUUCGCAGACCGCCAUGCGAAGAUUCUUCAGCAUCAGCAGGAGCUCCGGGAGACGUAUUUGAGACUGCACGAGGAAUGGAAGGCCAAGUGCGCGGACUUGGAUAGAGAUAAGGCUAAGCCUCCGGCACCUGGAGAGGGUCCCUCUACUUCUGGCCGGACGACUCGUCGAUCAGCUGCUACUAUGGGCGAUGCUGUUCGAUCGGAUCUGGAGAUGGAACAAAUCAUCGCUAGCUUAGGGAAUGAAGACCUGACAGAUGCUACCUCCUUAGCGGCGCGUAACGCCGCCAAGAUACCGGAUAUGAUCUCUGUCGUGAAGGGUCGAGCAGACUAUGUCUUCGACGACACCAACAACCGCGUUCUCGAUCCUCCGAAGUUCUAUUCCUCGAGGACUGGAUUCUACGACUGGACUGAAGAGGAGACACAGACCUUCUUUGAGCAAUUCGCUGCUCACCCCAAGCAGUUUGGUAUAAUC